UGUCCCAAGAUGGCGGAUGAAGUGGUAGAGAGUGACAGUGCUUGCCUUGAUCACUAUAAUUACUUUUUCCGUCCAAUUAUUCUCCAGGGGAAGGUGGCGUUUAUCACGGGAGGUGGCUCUGGUAUUGGGUUUACUAUUACUGAAGUUCUGAUGAGGGGUACUGAGACGGCAUUUUACUCACAAAUUAAGGCAGCUAAGAAACUAGAAAAUGUGACAGGACAAAAAUGUCUCCCAGUUAAGAUGGAUGUAAGAAAGGUAUGGUGAUGACUAUGGAUGGAAACAUCUUUUUGCAAGAUUAUUUCUCAAGGUUACAAAUUGCUCUCACUGAUACUUU